AUGGAAGCUAGAGUCCUGACAGUUUUCUGCACGUUCCUCCUGUGCUCUCCUGGACAUGUUUUCUCCACGCAGGGACACAGAUCUCACACAGGCCUCGAGGACAGUGCAGCUUUCAGAAAUCUCUCGCUGAAUCACCACAGCAGAUACCCUCUGUACAUGAUGCAGCUGUAUCGCUCCUUCAGGGCGUCGUCGGCAGCUGUCAGCACCAUCACCACACAAGGUGACAGCCUGUCGGCGCGCAGCUCGGACGCCGUCACAAGUCUGAUGGCCAGAGAUUGCCAUCAAGCGGGGGAAAGAUGGACAGUCACGUUUGACAUGUCGUCCAUCUCUACCAGUGAGCUGGUCCAGCUGGCAGAACUUCGGAUCAGACUGCCAGCUUUCUCUGGCUCUAAGCGUGCCACUGUGGAUUUAUACCACUCCAGGAAGCAUAGCUGCGACCCGGACAGCACAUCAUGCCAGGAUGAGCACCUUUUCCUGGGGAGCUUUGGCACAUCACCCAGCAGCUCUAAAUCUUCCUGGAAGGUUUUUGAUGUGACUGCUCUGUUAAAAUUCUGGCUGUACCAGGGGGACGGAGUGCCGAGCCAAGAGGCCUCAGGAGAACCUGACAUGGACCAUGGCAGCGGUGCUGGGGAUGACACAACCGGCAAGUUCCUGAGGCAAAGAAAAAUACACCAUCCAACCACGAACCGGGUCAUGAUGGUCAUCUUCUCCAAACACAAGCUGCCCCACAAAGACCACACAGCAUACAGCCUCAUACAUACUGUGGAGAACUCCAAGUAUGUGACCAUGGACAGAGUCAGCAGUGACAGUCAAAGUCGACGCCACAAAAGGAACAGGAUGGAGAGGAUGAGGGUGACGGAUGGAGCCGCGCCUACUGUUGCACCGGCAGUGGCGGAGCCGGCCCAGAGGCCUCUGUGUCGGAAGGUGGACAUGUGGGUGGACUUCGACCACAUCGGCUGGGACGAGUGGAUUGUGUACCCUAAGCGCUACAAUGCAUAUCGCUGUGAAGGAGAGUGUCCAACACCCCUGGAUGAGUCCUUCCGUCCCACCAACCAUGCAUACAUGCAGAGCCUCUUGCGACAUCACCAUCCAGAAAGGGGGUCCUGCCCGUCCUGCGUGCCGACACGCCUCAGCCCGCUCUCCAUGCUGUACUACGAGAACGAUGAUUUGGCCCUGCGGCAUCACGAGGACAUGAUUGUUGAAGAGUGUGGCUGCCACUGA